AUGGCGGCCAGCACGGACCGAAUUCCUCCUCCUUUCCCCGACACGGAGGAGCCGAGAGCCGCGCCGUAUGACAUGGCAGAUGGAGACAGCGACGAGGGAGCGGACAGCUUCAUUAAUAACAGCAACCCUGUGGCUGUGAGUCGAGGAGUCUCUCAGCCUCCAGAUCUGUUUGGUGAAGAGGAGGAAGAGGAGGAGGAAGAAGAAGAGGCAGAGGCCAGCAGCACCGCUGCCAAGGCCAACGGAGUUCACUCUGAUGAUAACGACCUGUUUGCUGAGGCCCACGUGAAGCUGAGCGCAGACACGCCCGGCAGCUCAGGCCGAAAGGAGCUCUCCACCUCCUCCGGCCCUCCUCCUCUUCCUCCAUCAUCCUCCUUCACCCAGAGCCCAGCAGCCAUGCAGCCCACCUCCCUGGAGCAGUUGGAGGAGGAAGAGGACAGUUUUGAUGUUGAUGUUGCCGUCACCAACCCUGAGAAAGUCGGAGAUGGCAUGAAUGCAUAUGUGGCCUUCAAAGUCUCCACCAGGAGCUCCUUGGCCAUGUUCAGGAGCAAAGCCUUCUCUGUGAGGAGGCGCUACAGUGACUUCCUGGGUCUUUACGAGAAGCUGUCGGUCAAGCAGUCGCUCCACGGCUGCAUCAUCCCACCGCCACCAGAGAAAAGUGUCGUCGGAAUGACCAAAAUGAAGGUGGGAAUGGACGACCCGUCCUCGGUAGAGUUUGUGGAGAGAAGACGAGCAGCUCUGGAGAGGUAUCUUCAGAGAGUCGUGUCUCACCCAUCGUUACUCCAAGAUCCUGACGUCCGUGACUUCUUGGAGAGAGAGGAGCUUCCCAGAGCAGUGAGCACCCAGGCGCUGAGUGGAGCCGGCUUCCUCAAAAUGAUCAAUAAGGCAUCCGAUGCGGUCAACAAGAUGACCGUCAAGAUGAACGAGACAGACACUUGGUUCGAGGACAAGUUCCAGGAGGUGGAGAUCGAGGAGCAGCAGUUGAGGAAGCUUCAGGCGGUGGUCGACUCCCUCGUCAACCACAGGAAGGAGCUGUGUGGGUGCACGGCGGUGUUCGCCAAAAGCAUGGCCAUGUUGGGCAACUCCGAGGACAACACGGCCCUGUCACGGGCCCUGUCCCAGCUGGCGGAGGUGGAGGAAAAGAUGGAGCAGCUGCAUCGGGAGCAGGCCGCCAGCGACUUCUUUGUCUUCGCAGAGCUGCUGUCCGACUACAUCCGCCUGCUGGGCGCCGUGCGCGGGUGUUUUGACCAGCGCGUGCGGGCGUGGCAGCGAUGGCAGGAUGCUCAGAGCACGCUGCAGAAGAAGAGGGAGGCCGAGGCCAAGCUGCUGUGGGCCAACAAGCCGGACAAACUGCAGCAGGCCAAAGACGAGAUCACCGAGUGGGAGGCGAGGGUGACUCGGCACGAGAGAGAUUUCGACAGGAUCGGCACGACUGUACGCAAGGAGGUUCUCAGGUUUGAGAAAGAGAAAGCCAAGGACUUCAGGACCCAGCUGGUCAAAUACCUGGAUGCAAUGCUGCAGUCUAAACAACGGCUUGUAAAGUUCUGGGAGGCGUUCCUGCCAGAGGCAAAGGCAAUAGCUUAAUGGAGAGGGAGACACCCCACUGGGUCUUUUUUUUUUAAGACCCCCCCCAACUGCCUUUUUUCGAACACUUUACCUCUUGACCGUAAACUGAGAGGACAAUUUUGAAACAAACAAGAAACUUUCAUCCAUUUGUUUUUCUUUCUCUCUUUGGAAUCGUAGUGUAUUCUCUUAUCUUGUACAGUUCUUUGAUAUGAUAAGAUGCCGCGUUGACGACACAUUUCUUUGGCGGAAUUCCUUGUGUUGAUGUUCACUGAAAGAGGGUAUAAAGCAGGAGAUUAACCUGGCUGUAAUAUUUGUGAAAAUGUAUUUAUGUUUCUCGCUUAAACCAGUAUAUCAAGGUGUUAACACUAAGGUACGGCCCUCGGGUAACACCUUACUAUCCAUAGUUUACGUUAGAAGAUAGACGUUUGUAAAUCAUUCCAGCCUCUAACAGCUUAUGUUGAUGAAUGCUUGUCAGAUGAUGUUUUGAUGCUCGGAAAUGCAUUGUACAGUUGGAAAUGUUGUUUUUGUGUUUUUUUAUUUUUUUUAUUUACCAGAACACCACUACUGAGGACUGAGGUAAUGUACAAGGAGUAUUGGCACAAUAUUAGGUCAUAGAAAUCAUGUGAAAACUCAAAGAUGUGACAGGGUUUCAGUCGGGGUCAGAGUUGUUACAAAGAUGAUGAAAGAAACGUACAGGUUGAACAAAUGCAAUCUCCCAAUUGUUGGUGUUUUCUACGAUGAUGUAUUUGCUCAAAUUGUGUUUAUUAUAUGAUUAGAUUUUGUUUGUUUUCCACAACAGUUUCAAGUUCUUAAGUCCAGAACUUGUAACUUGUCUGCCCGGAAAAGACUUUUGACAUGUAUGUACAGCAACUACUGUCCGAUAUUAUUAGUAACCACACGUUUUUUUGAUAAAUUGGUUAAACUAUGACGGAGAAGCGCAGACAUUCACUUAUUUUCAUAUUCAGCAUUUGUAGGUGUAGUUCUGUCAUGUCAUCUUUAUGUGAGAAUGUGCUCUUAUUUUUGUAACCACUUUUCAUUGGCACACACAUUUUCCUGGAAAUGCAAAACAGGUAGAUGUACAAAAUAAAUAUGAUCGUUUAAGCUUC